AAAAAUAAAAUAGCUAACUGGUAAACAAUGUGUUUUGAAAAUACAUAGUUAGAGGUAAUCAUUUGAUAAAGCGAGAGUGUUCUAAAAUGGUGUCGCAUUUGAGAUUAGAAGCACGCCAGAGAUACGAACAACAAGUAUGUCUGUCAUGUGUAACUGGUCUAUAUGGGUGCAGAUGGAAACGAUAUCAGCGCUCUACUUCUGAUACAUCAUGGAAAGAAAGAAUAUGGUUCAUCAUUUCAAUCCUCGGCUUUAGUUUUAUGGUGUUAUGGCUGUACUUUUGGUUAAUCAUAAGAAAUGACUGGGAUGACGUGAACUGGUAUGUCUAUGAUGCACUAGGUUUUUGGUUUAUAUUUGCGCCUAUUUUACAAAUAAUAGCAGUAGUGUUACUAACUUGCCUCACAUGGCUUAUUGCUGGGGCUUGGGCUAAACUUCGUUCAAUGGGACUUAAAAUAGGAGUGUUAUCUGUUUAUAUCUGUAUAACAUUAUUUCUGUAUUUAAGUCCAUUAUUAAUGAACUCGCCUUGUGUGACAACUGUUAUACCAAGAAAACCAUUAUUAGUUGGACACAGAGGAGCACAACAGCUUGCUCCAGAAAACACUAUGAGUGCUUUUGUUACAUCAGCAAAAUAUAGUGUAUAUGGUUUUGAGUCUGAUGUCCAGAUAAGUGCCGAUGGUGUGCCAUUUCUUUUACAUGAUAAAUCAUUGGAAAGAACAACUAAUGUUGAAGAAGUUUUUCCUGAUAGAGCUUCAGAUGACCCUUCUACAUUUAAUAUUUCGGAUUUAAAAAAACUAGAUGCAGGAUCCUGGUAUGUUACGACAGAUCCAUUUCGUAAUGUUGAUAGCCUGUCAGAAACAACUAAAAAUUGGUAUAGUAAUCAAACCAUACCCAAGUAUACUGACUGGUUGGAGUAUGCAGCUCAAGAAAAUAAAAUAGUUUUAUUUGAUUUACAUCAACCACCAGAAAAUCAUACAUAUCAUGAAACAUGGAUUGAACUUGUGGUCAAUCUGACAUUAACAUCAUCACUUCCCCAGCACUUGGUGUGGUGGUUGCCAGGUUCUAACAGAGAUGAAGUGAUGGAGGCAGCACCUGGAUUUGUACAGGUUUCUGGUGGUUAUGAAUGGUUCUAUAAUUUAGAUAAACUGAAUAAACAGUAUGAUGAGAUUAAUAAUGAUCAAAUUCAGACUGCCAUUGCAGAGCUAGAAAUUCAUGAAAAUCAAGCUGUCAUUCUAGAACUGGAUCUCAACAGAUUGGAAAAAAAAAAUGUCUCAACAAAUAUAUAUAUUGUGAAUUCGAAAUGGUUGUUCUCUUUAUAUUGGUGUAUUGAACUUCCUACUGUUACAACAGGGGCAUGCCAUGAGCUGGAGAAGAUGGAAGAACCAAUGUGGCAUUUGUCUCCUGAUGUCUACCUAAUUGUGUGGAUAACAAUAGAUGUUGUGUCCGCAAUUAUCAUUGUCAUCAUAUUCUUUAUCCAAAGACACCGAUAUUCAGAACACCACGUUGCAGAAACUAUUUCCUUAGCUUCUGUCAGUGAACAAUUCAACCAAGAAUCUGCAAGCACUGUUAAAGAAAAGUUUCGAGCACUCCUGACGAGGUACAAGUGAUUGUUAACCCCUAAUCACCCCUAAGUUUUAGUGUAAUAUCUCGUAAAUGUGAUUGUAGUGCUUGUCUUCUUUAACACAUCACUUAGUUUACCUAGUUGCACUAGAUAGCAAGUAAUCAUAUAACCAACCACUUAGUAAUACAUUGUAUUUGCAAAAAAAUCACUAAAUUUUGCAAAACGGGCCUUUCAAAUUAACACCAUUCUUGC